AUGAAAGAUGAUAAACAGUUUCAAUCAAUUCGCGAGCAACUAAAUAAUCUUAAUAAUGCGACCGAUGACAUUAAUUUAAUCGAAGCCAAACUGGACGUGCUACGACGGGAUUUCCGAGAAACUAGAGAACUGUGGACGAAAGAAAAUAGUGGAAUGUCGAAGAAACAGUUGAGGAAUAUUACAAAAUCUCGCUUAUAUUAUGAGCUGAAAUCAAAAGAAGAGCAGGCAAGAGUAGAGGCUCAAAAAGCGGCAAAGUAUUUCGAACAACGAUACUCAAUUGUUGAAAUGACGAAAGAAACUCUAAACGUUCUACAAAAAUCUCUUUCUUCCGAGGUUGAUCCAGAUUUAGAAAAACAAUACAUUGACGUAAUACAGCAACAAUUGAAACUGGUAGCAGAAGCUGAAGAAGAAUGUACAAUUGCUGAAAAUAUUCAUGCACAAAGAGUGAAGGAUUUACUUAAAAUAGAAGAAAAUCUGAGAAAAGCCGCAAAGGAUAAUGAACAAUCAAUAAAAAAAUCAAAAUUAUACUACGAACGACAAAAUCUUCUAAAGAAGCAGCUUGAACUGAUAAUGUCGCUGGAAGACAAAGUUCGUAAUCAAAAAGAAAACUACAGUUUGUCGAUGAGAAUGUUGGAAAAGAUAAGCGAAGAAAUUCACAUGGAACGAUCUCAAUUAUUAAGCAAUUCUAGCCAAUUCGCAAGUUGCUCAAUUGCUGAAAGUGAAGAAGACGACGAAGAUAAAGAAAACGUAUUUUUAUAA